GAAGAACGGGAAAUCAUGAUGGACGGAAAGCUGAUCGACAUGAUCAACUCUUUAGAAGAAACUCGGCACAAAUUGAACCUAUUCAUCGAUCGAUUGGAUCUAACUUCGAACCAGAAACAAGCGGAUUUCGUCACGCUGUUCAAGGAUUUGACGACUGGGGUUUUGGCUUCUUUAACUUCAAUGAAGGAGAAAUUCGACCUAUUUGAUGCCGUUACACCUAAACUCGACCAAGUCCUUUCUCAGAUUUUGGCAACCACGGAUGAAUCAGGUGUCAAAGUGGAACCGAAUCAGGCUAGGUACAUCCCCAAGUUGAAGUUACCCAAAUUUGAUGGAGAAAAGGACGACGCUCGAGUCUGGAUUUCGAAAUGUAAUACGUUCUUCGAGUUCUGUCCCAUGUCGGAACAGCAAAUGUUGGGUUACGCUUCUUUCCACAUGAUUGGGCAUGCAUUUAAGUGGUUUAUGAGCUAUGCGGAUGAUAAGGGAGAUUACCUUAAGUGGAAUGAUUUUACUGAAGCUUUGAUAAAUAGGUUUUCUGAUAUCAAGUAUGUUGAUUCAACUUGUCUUAUGAGAGAAUUCACUGAGUUGGCACAAUGUGGUACUGUACUAGAGUAUCUGGAGAAAUAUGAGGAUAUUGUGAUUGCAAUGAAUGAUAAAUUUCCUGAUAUACCAAGAAGCUAUUAUGUUAGUAUCUUUAUCAAUGGACUCCAAGAAGAGAUCAAAAUGAAGGUGAAGAUGUUCCAACCAGACACGGUUUUGGAAGCCUUUAGACUUGCCAGGAUAUGUGAGGCCUCUCUCAAAGUUCAAGUUACAGAGAAAGAAAUAAGAAAAAUAAUAGUAGUAGAUGAAGCAUUAUCAACCGUCCCUGCUAGAGGAGGUGCAGUGGUUCCUAAUACUGCUACAAAGGAGAAGGUCAUUUUCGGUCUUUUUGAUUAG